GAAGACAAGAACCGCAAGGUCAUUCGUCUUUUGGAUCAAAAUGAUAUGGUGAUUGAUGUUUAUAACAUUAGUCAGAUUUCAGGACUUGAUGCCCGAGAGGGACUUUUGCUUCUGUGCAAAAAUAACAUCUAUUUGAUUGAUAAUUUCUUCCAGCGAGCUGAUGGUGAAGUUGUCGAGAUUUGGAAAGUACCACGCAAAGAACGUGAUGAGUAUCUUAUCCUUGUAGCCCAGGCUGCUGGCAUGGAAACAGAACCAACGGUCAGCUUAGAUGGAGAUAUGCACAACUGUCGUAAAUGGGCAAAUACUGAUUUGAAGGAAAUUUACAAGAGACGCUUCUUGUUCAGAGAUGUUGCUCUCGAGUUGUUUUUUGCCGAUGGUCAGAAUGCCCUUUUGACAGUAUCUCUAAAAGAACGUGAUGAGCUCUAUACAAAACUUGCAAGCCGUGUCACUCUUUACGAAGACUCGACCGAAUCUAUUAUUGGUGCUGGCGAAAAGGAAUACUUGACCAAUACCUUGAGUGGGGCCUUUAAACUUUCCAAUCUCUUUGGUACAUCAAUUCUCAGUGAACUGACUCAGCGGUGGGAGCGACGAGAUAUUACCAACUUCCAAUACCUGAUGUAUCUCAAUACGGUUGCCGGCCGCUCUUACAACGACCUGACCCAAUAUCCUGUGUUUCCAUGGAUUCUGGCAGAUUAUACGAGUGAAGAUUUGAAUCUCGAGAAUCCUGACACAUUUAGAGACUUAAGCAAGCCAAUGGGUGCCCAAACAUCCGAAAGAAGAUUGGAAUUUGCUGAUCGUUAUCGUCAAUGGGGUGAAACAAAUGACCCUGCACCUGCUUUUCACUAUGGAACUCAUUACUCUUCGGCUAUGAUUGUGUGUUCUUUCUUGAUCAGAUUAGAACCUUUUACACAGCAUUAUUUGAAACUACAGGGCGGUACUUUUGAUCACGCAGAUAGAUUGUUUGAUUCUAUUGGAAAGGCUUGGGAAUCAGCCUCUGAAAAGAAUAUGGGAGAUGUGAGAGAGCUGAUUCCAGAAUUCUUUUAUCUUCCCGAGUUUUUGGAAAAUGUGAACAAAUUCAACUUUGGUGUAAAGCAGGGAACUGGAGAAGCAAUUGACUCUGUUGUUCUUCCACCUUGGGCACAUGGAGAUCCAAAGGUUUUUAUUAUGCGACACAGAGAGGCCCUUGAAAGCGAUUACGUUAGUGCAAAUCUACACCAUUGGAUUGACUUGAUCUUUGGAUUUAAGCAGCAAGGACAGGCCGCAAUUGAUGCACUCAAUGUCUUUCACCAUGUUUCUUAUGAAGGAGCUGUUGAUCUCGACAAGAUUACGGAUGUUGUAGAAAAGACAGCUACAAUUGGUAUCAUUAAUAACUUUGGCCAGACACCUCGGCAGCUGUUCAAGAAACCUCACCCGACCAGAAUGCUUAGUUCAACCGAUGUGGCUACGCUUGGAUUCUAUCCUUUCCAAGACCACACUGAUAAACUUGUUCAGUCUAUUAGACCUGUUAAAGGUCUUUACAAUGAUCGUUUAGGUGUAUCUUCCAACCAACAAUUAUUUAUACCAUCCGAUGGCCAACGUUACAUUGAAUGGGGAUUUACGGACUUUAGUCUUCGUCUAUUCUCAAGUGAAUCUGGAAAACUCUUGAAUGUUUUUGAGAAACUCCAUGUUGGUUAUAUCAGUACAGCAUGCUUCCCUGAUUCACGCACUCUUGUUACUGGAGGAACUGAUAGUAUGGUCUGUAUGUGGAAAGUAAAGGCAGACAAAGGCACCGAUUUUAUUCCAUUGGAGUGUUUGAGAGGACACACUUCUUCAGUAACAGCAUUAACUGCCUCCAGAUCAAAUAGCAUUCUAGUCAGUGGAUCAGAGGACAAGAGUGCUAUUGUUUGGGACUUGAAUCGUAUGAAAUAUGUGCGAUCUCUUAUGGGCCAUGAGAACGGUGUUCAACUCGUGUGUAUUAAUGAUUCUACUGGUGAUAUAAUAACCUGUUCAGGACACGUUAUUCGCGUGUGGACUAUAAAUGGAGAACUUUUGCUCUCAAAAUCUACGGGCUCAAGUUCGGAGCCUAUUUUGUCCUGUGUGUUUUAUGAGGAGCGUCCUAAAGAAUGGUCGGGUAAAGAACAAAUCAUCACUGGUCACAAAAAGGGUAUUAUAAAGGUAAGUCCAGGGAUAUCAGCAAUUGCCUUUGUAUGUGAGUUAUAG